AUGAGCCUAGGAUCUUCCUCCAGCUUCAAGCUGUCUGCACAGCUGGGCGGUCACAGCGGUGAUGUCAGAGCGGUCGCUGCGUCUUCAAGCACGCCCAUCAAGUUGCUCUCAGCUUCCAGGGAUGGCUCAGCUCGGGUCUGGACACAAGGCUCCGGCGGACGCUUUGACGGAGAGCCUGCUGUCCUCACAGCGCACACUGGCUUUGUCAACUCGGCCGCAUGGCUACGGACUGGAUCGGGAUUGGUGGCCCUCACCGGCGGGCAAGACGGCAUCAUCAAUGGCCACUCUUCAGAUCCAGUCUCUGGCGAGAUCAACAACGCUCCGGACUACAUGCUACUUGGUCACCUCUCAAAUGUAUGCGCGCUCAAUGUGUGGCAGGCAGAGAAAGAUGAGGAAAGCUACCUUGUCAGCGGCGGCUGGGAUCUCACUGCGAGGGUGUGGCGAGACUUCAAGCAAGCUGCAAUUUUAGAGGGAGCUACGCAAGCGGUUUGGGCCGUACAGCCCAUCGGUCCUUCACACGUACUCACUGCCAGCGCCGACAAAAUCAUUCGCUUGUACGCGUUGCCCGGGAUAGCAGAAGACAUCGACGAUCCCGACAAGGCUCCAUCAAUAGAGCCUUGUGCAACUUUUGUCGGGCAUGACGAUGCUGUUAGAGCUCUAGUAUCGCUGGACUCGAAUCGCUUUGCUUCUGCAGGAAAUGAUGGCAACAUAAACGUCUAUGAUUUGCCGGCACCAUUGCCAGGAGGCAAACCCUUGUCGAAGCCUAUCUCUCCUGUGGCGACACUCAGCGGGCACACAUCGUUCAUUUAUUCGCUUAGCAAACUCCCGUCUGCCGAGAUUUUGAGCUCCGGAGAAGACAGAAGUGUCCGAGUGUGGCAAGGAACAGAAGCUGCGCAGACAAUAACUGUCCCAGCGAUUAGUGUUUGGGCGGUGACUGCUCUGCCAAAUGGAGACCUCGCUUGUGGAAGCUCUGAUCACGUUGUGAGGGUAUUCAGCCGCUCGUCCGAAAGGCAAGCGGACGCCGAAGCGCAACAAGCCUAUGACAGCACUAUUGCUGGCCAAGCUUUGAACAAGACUCAGGUCGGAGAUGUUGAAAAAGACUCUUUGCCGGGUUCGGAGGCCCUUACGACUCCAGGAAAGAAGGAAGGGGACGUGAAAAUGAUCAAAGCCGGCGCGCUCGUCGAAGCGCAUCAAUGGACCCAAGGGCAAUGGGUCAAGAUCGGAGAGGUAGUCGGCGGCGUCGGCUCGGGCACAAAGAAGCUGCACGAGGGCAAAGAAUACGACUAUGUCUUUGACGUGGAUAUCGCCGACGAUGCGCCUCCCCUGAAAUUACCUUACAAUCUCACGGACAACCCUUUCAUUGCAGCUCAGAAAUUCUUGGAGCGUAACGAGCUGCCGAUGUCCUAUCUCGAUCAAGUCGUCAAGUUCAUCGAAAGCAACACAGAGGGGAAGACGCUGGGUCAAGGAGCAUCAGAGUACGUUGACCCUUACACUGGCGCGUCGCGCUAUCAAAGCAAUGCCUCUGGCAACGCUGGUGCUUCUGGCCCUGGCGGCUACACAGCUGGCUCAAACGUCGACCCGUUCACACGGUCGGAGACUGUCAGCAAGCCUAAGACGUCGAUCCUUCCACAGCGAGCGUACCUCGACUUCAAGAAUUUGAACACUUCUGCAGUCAAAAGUAAGAUCACUCAACUCUCGGACGGGCUGAAGGACCAAGGUGUGACGCCUGAGCUGCAAACGAUUGCCAAAUUGCUAGACUCCCUGGCAAGCAGCGGCUCCGGAAGUGGGCCACUCGACUUGGGUGCAUUGGAAGUCUUGCUGCAGCGCUGGCCUUCAGACUCGCUUCUGCCAGUUCUCGACACGUAUCGCGCAGCUGUCUUGCGGCCCAUCACAACGCCCCGCGAAACAGCUGCUCAAAUUGUGCUGGACGCUGCUCGAUGGAGCGAACCAUGGCCUUCUGAUGCUGCCCAGGCUAAAGCUCGCGACACAAAUUCGAUGCUGGCUCUGCGCGCGAUUGCGAAUUUGUGGGCCAAUGCGACCAAAGAGGAGCGAGACCGACUUGCUGGCCGCGUUGAGACCGUGAGUAUGAGCUCGAGCUUGUCCACCAACACGUUCCCAAAGCUGUCCAAGAACGCUCGGGUGGCGUACGCCACGGUUGCACUGAACUACUCUGUAUACCUCACGUCAAACCUGGGCUCGGUCGCCUGGGCCGGCGCGCUGCUAGAUCUCCUGAUCGAUAUUCUGUCGACAGAAUCUGGUGAACCCGAGGUUGCUUUCCGGGCUCUUGUUGCGUUGGGCAAUCUGGUGAGUGCGCCAUUGUGA